AUGAAAGGAGAAGGAAAGCGAAGCAAUGCAAAAUGCUUGGCAUACGUUGCUGCAUUUGUUGUGUUUCAGACGGCAAUCAUCUUGAUAUUUGCAUUAACGGUGAUGCGCAUCAAAAAUCCUAAAGUCAGGUUCGGUGCUGUAACGGUGGAGAAUUUCAGCACCGGCAACAGCUCUUCACCUUUCUUUGACAUGAGGCUGAUGGCUCAAGUGACUGUAAAGAACACAAACUUCGGUCACUUCAAGUACGAAAACAGCAGCAUCAGAAUCUUAUAUGGGGGCAUGCCGGUCGGGGAGGCAGCUGUUGUUAAGGCUCGUGCGAGGGCUAGGCAGACCAAAAAAUUCGACGUUACAAUUGAUAUUAGUUCCAGCAAGUUAUCGACCAACUCCAACCUUGGAAAUGAUAUCGCUUCUGGUGUUUUGCCCCUCAGCAGCGAGGCCAAGUUGAGCGGGAAGGUGCAUCUGAUGAAGGUGAUCAAGAAGAAGAAGUCUAGUGAAAUGAGCUGCACCAUGGGAAUCAAUAUAGGAACUCGUACCGUACAGGAUUUAAAGUGCAAGUGA